GUCUGCGAACAUGCAUCUCUCGAUGGAAGAUGAGACUGAUCGCAGACCGCGGAACCAACACUACGAGAAAGACAUCGCUUAUGUGACGAAAUACAGCAAGUGGAUUCUGAGAUCUAUCGGCAUUUGGCCAGCAAUGCUCGAAGGCGUGGCAAGAUUUCUACCAAAAUUCGCGAUUGGACUUAGUAAUUUUGUGCUACUGUUCGCCAUCGUUCCAUGCAUUCUGCAUAUCACGUUCGAAGAGAAAGACACUAUAGCCAGAUUAAAAUUAUGCGGUUUGCUGAGUUUCUGUUGUACCUCGUUGAUGAAGUACUGGGCGCUCACCCUUCGAAAACCAAGGAUCAUGGACUGUAUCGAACAGGUGUGGACUGAUUGGAACCAGGUGCAACUACAUGAGGAUCGCGAAAUGAUGCUCAAGUACGGGCGUGUGGGUCGAAAUCUGGCGUUCGUCUGCAUCGUGUUCAUGUACACCGGUGGUACGAUCUAUCACUCGAUCUUACAGUAUGCGAUCGGCACGUUUGUCGACGAGCAUAAUCGUACGAUCAAACCUCUAGUCUAUCCUACAUACAGCACGCUGUACGACGUUCAAAGUAGCCCGAUCUACGAACUAGUGUACGCUCUUCAUUGCAUGUGUGGUUACGUGAUGUAUUCCAUAACUGCCGGUGCUUGUGGACUAGCCGCGCUUUUCGCCACGCACGCCUGCGGGCAAAUCGACAUCGUUAUGUCUCGAUUGAACGAUCUCGUGCACGGUGAACGUAACAAAGCGACAUCCAAUCCAAACGCGCGGCUGAUAGAAAUUGUUGAGCACCAUUUGCGAAUUUUAAGAUUUUCAGCAACGGUAGAGACGGUGUUGCAAGAAGUAUGCUUCCUAGAAUUCAUUGGAUCCACCUUCAUGAUAUGCCUACUCGAAUAUUAUUGCAUAACGGACUGGGAACAAAGUAACACCAUCAGUCUCACAACGUACAUGAUGUUACUAGUAUCUCUGACAUUUAAUAUAUUCAUAUUGUGCUAUAUCGGCGAGCUUCUGAUGGAAAAGAGCAGUAGCGUUGCAUUGUCUUGUUUCAUGACCGACUGGUUUCAUCUGCCGACCAAAAUGAUACACGGUCUUAUUUUAAUCAUUGCUGUGUCAAAUAAUCCAGCGAAAAUUAGUGCCGGCAGAAUAGCUGAUUUAUCUUUAUCCACUUUCGGUGGCGUUAUCAAAUCAUCAUUGGCGUAUUUGAGUUUCCUCCGGACCACUAUUAUGUAAUAGCCCGUUUCUUCUUCUGUCGAUG